ACAUUUUUUUUUUUGUCAAACCUUUUCUCUAUCUGGGUCAAAGGGCUAACAAAAAAAAUUCGUUUUCAAUUUCCUAAAGGCUAUGCUUUUUGAGUUCCAUUUGCUUCUGAAAUCACGUCUGGAUUGAUAUUUGAUAACCGAGAACGAGUUCCAUGGCUGAGAGCAGGCGCUUCGGGCUUGCUAACCAACUGGAUAUUGAGCAAAUACUCGUAGAAGCACAGCACAGAUGGCUACGCCCUGCUGAAAUAUGUGAAAUUCUGAGGAACUAUAAAAAAUUCCGCAUUGCCCCCGAGCCUGCACAUAUGCCACCCAGUGGUUCUCUUUUUCUUUUUGAUCGUAAAGUGCUGAGAUAUUUCAGAAAAGACGGUCAUAACUGGAGGAAGAAAAAAGAUGGAAAGACAGUGAAGGAAGCUCAUGAAAGGCUCAAGGCUGGAAGUAUUGAUGUGCUCCAUUGCUAUUAUGCUCAUGGAGAAGAAAAGGAAAGUUUUCAAAGGCGCAGUUAUUGGAUGCUAGAAGAGGAGCUUUCACACAUAGUUCUUGUCCACUACCGGGAAGUAAAGGGCAAUAGGACAAAUUUUAACCGAAUAAAAGAGACUGAAGAAGCUGAUAUUGCACCCAGUUCAGAUAGCUCUGCUUCUUCUAGUUUUCCUACAAAUAGUUAUCGAAUGCCUUCACAAACUACAGAUACAACAAGCUUGAACAGUGCUCAGGCAUCAGAAUACGAAGAUGCUGAAUCAGCAUGUAACCAAGCAAGUUCCAGACUCAACUCUUUCCUCGAAUUACAACAGCCUUUUGCAGAAAAGAUUAAUGCAGGAGUCACUGAUGCUUACUAUCCAAUAUCUUUUUCAAAUAAUUAUCAAGAAAAACUGUCCUCUGUUCCUGGGAUGGGUUUUAGCUCACUUGCUCUAGCAGAUAAGAGUGAAGGCAAUAGAAGUGCCGGAGUUACUCAUGACCAUCAGAAAAACUUGAACUUUCCAGCAUGGGAUGGUACCUUGGAAAAUGACAACGCUGGCAUUCAAUUGCCUUUUCAGCCAUCAUUUUCUGCAGCACAGUCUGCUAAUUUAGGUGUCAUUCAGAAACAAGAACAGGAGCCGCUGGAGCAGCUUUUCCCCAAUGGUUUUAGUAAAAGGCCAGACUUUGGUAGUCACCCACAAGUCCAAGAAGAGUGGCAGAACUUGCAUACAGGUGCAGCAUAUAAUCUCACCUCUAGGUAUCAUGAAGAAGUCAAUGGUGUUGAGUUACUUCAAAUACAGCAAGGAAAUAAUGAGCACGAAGAGUGUCUGAAAUCGGUUUCAAAGAGCAAUAGCCCCCUAGAGGAAAAGUCCUACAUUUCUGGUAUAAAACAGUCUUUGGUAGAUGGCCCUUUUGCUGAAGAAGGUUUGAAGAAGCUUGACAGUUUUAACCGAUGGAUGAGUAAAGAACUCGGCGAUGUCAAUGAGUCACAUAUGCAGACUAGUUCCAGGGCCGAUUGGGACACGGUAGAAAGUGAGAACUGUGUUGAUGAUUCCAGCCAAGCACGCCUCGAUAACUAUGUGCUUAGUCCUUCUCUUUCACAGGAUCAGCUGUUUAGCAUCAUUGAUUUCUCACCAAACUGGGCUUAUGAAACCUCAGAAGUCAAGAUUUUGAUCACAGGGAGAUUCCUAAAGAAUGACCAAGGAGAAAAUUGUAAAUGGUCAUGUAUGUUUGGGGAAGUAGAAGUUCCUGCUGAGGUUAUAGCUGAUGGUGUUCUCCGUUGCCAUGCUCCAAGACAUAAGGUUGGAAGGGUCCCUUUCUAUGUGACAUGUUCCAAUAGGUUAGCAUGUAGUGAAGUGCGAGAGUUUGAAUAUCGACAGAACGAGGUUCAAGAUGUGGAUACUAAAUAUAACCCAAAUAGUUGCACAGAUGAAAUACUCGAACUGCGAUUUGGAAAUUUAUUGUCUCUGAAAUCUACCUCUCCAAAUUCUGACCCUGUCAGUGUAGCAGAACAAUCCCAGUUGAACAGUAAAAUCAGUUCAUUGCUGAAAGAGGACAAAAAUGAAUGGGAUCAAAUGUUGAAAUUAACUUCAGAGGGCGACUUCUCCAUGGAAAGAGUACAGGAGCAGCUGCAUCAAAAACUACUUAAAGAGAAAUUGCGAGAAUGGCUCCUGCAGAAGGUGGCCGAAGGCGGGAAAGGCCCUAGUGUACUAGAUGAGGGUGGUCAAGGGGUUCUACAUUUUGCAGCGGCUCUUGGCUAUGAUUGGGCCUUAGAACCGACCACAAUUGCCAGUGUAAGUGUCAACUUCCGUGAUGUAAAUGGAUGGACGGCACUUCAUUGGGCUGCAUUUUGUGGCAGAGAGCGAACUGUAGCGUCCCUCAUCUCCCUUGGUGCAGCUCCUGGUUUAUUAACAGAUCCAAGUCCUAAACAUCCCACUGGUAAAACACCUGCUGACCUAGCGUCCGACAAUGGACAUAAAGGAAUUGCCGGUUAUCUAGCCGAAUCUGCCUUGAGCUCGCACCUUGUAUGUCUUAAUUUGGAUACCAAGGAAGGCAAAGCUGCUGAAACUUUAGCUGCAAAAGCAGUGCAAACAGUUUCUGAAAGAACUGCUACUCGUAUAAACGAUGGAGAUUCUGAACGGUUGUCCCUAAAGGAUUCAUUGGCUGCAGUGUGCAAUGCUACCCAAGCUGCCGCUCGAAUUCAUCAAGUUUUCAGAGUGCAGUCAUUCCAGAGGAAGCAGUUGAAGGAGUACGGUGAUGAUAGAUUUGGAAUGUCGGACGAGCAAGCACUGUCUCUUAUUGCAGUUAAGACCAACAAAUCUGUGCACCAUGAUGACGACGUACAUGCUGCUGCAGUAAGAAUACAAAAUAAGUACCGUAGUUAUAAGGGUAGGAAAGAAUUUUUGAUUAUCCGACAGCGCAUUGUUAAAAUUCAGGCCCAUGUAAGAGGUCACCAGGUCAGGAAAAACUAUAGAAAUAUUAUCUGGUCCGUGGGAAUUGUCGAGAAGAUUAUCUUGCGUUGGAGACGAAAAGGAACUGGAUUACGCGGGUUUAAGUCGGAAGCUCUAACCGAAGGAUCCAGCAUGCAAAAUUCAUCGUAUAAGGACGAUGAUGAUGAUUUCCUAAAAAAAGGUAGGAAGCAAACUGAGGAAAGAAUGCAAAAGGCACUUACUAGGGUCAAGUCAAUGGUUCAAUACCCCGAGGCAAGAAAUCAAUACCGUCGGCUGCUUAAUGUCGUUACUGAGAUUCAGGAAAGCAAGGUUCUGUGUGAUGUUAUGAAUACCGAAGAAGCAGCUGAUUUCGAUAUUGAUAUUGAAGCAUUGUUAGAUGAUGACACUUAUAUGCCCGCAGCUGCGCCGGAGUGACCCUCUGUUCUCGUAUUUCUUCCCCUGUAAAAUAUAUCGUGCACUAGUUAAAUUAGACUUUGACAUAAUGCUGUGACAAGACAUUAAUAAAAUUCUUAUGUAAUACUACCAAUUCUUUUUAACUCGUAAAUGCAGUUUGUGAUAUGCCUUCUUACAAAA